CCCCUUUUUUGGUUUUCCGUCUUCCUUUAUUCUUCAUCAUCUCUCGCUCUUAGCAAUUCUGUGUAAAUUUCCAUGAUUUUGCGUGUUUAGGGUUUUGUUCUAUCCUUGUCAAGAGACAAAUGAGUGGGGUUUCUCUAUCUCAUGGUAGACCCCAUGCUGGGAAAAAGACAUUGAGGAGGUGCCAUGAUGGUGCAGGAGCUGAUCAUGUUGUUCUGAUUGAUGUCGAGUGUGAAACUUUUAGUAAUGUUAUUUUUAUUGAUGUGCCUGAAUCGACACCCAAGAAGUUUCGAGCCAAGACAGCAGCAAAGAAAGACAAAAGACGGUCUCCUUUGAGGAACAUAAUCUUCAUCGAUGACGAUGAAACCAAUGAGAAUGAAUAUCCUGAAUUUGAUAUAGAAGAUGACCACCACUUCUUUCAUGACCCAUCCCCUAGCAUGAGACCUUGCUCAGCCUCGAAAAGUGCUAAAGAACCUCUAGAUGAAAUUGGUGAUGAUUGUCAGUUUGUUCGAGAAAAUAUUUGCCCAGUGAAAUUAUCAAAAUGCAAAAGAACUUACUCUGGAAAAGCUCCUGUCCAAAAUCGAUACGGUUUGAUGUCUGAUUCAGAGAGUAGUUCAUCUGAUGAUGAUGAGUUCAUGGAGGAUUAUUCUGGACAGCUUCGAGAGCAGUGGCAGAAAGCUUCGUUAAAGAGGAAAAAUGAUAACUGUGGUCAAUCUGGUGUUAGAGAUAUUAAUAGUGCAUCCACUGUUGAAAUUCAACCUGAGCCUAGUGAGAGUGAAGAGCAUCCAGCUUGUUCUGGUUACUCUAAAUCCUCUACUGAAAAAGAAGACCGAUCUCCUAAACCAACACGUGAAUCACGUUGUACUUCUCGUAUGGCUGAUGUCCAUGACGAAGGAGAUCCACAAAUGGAGAACUUUGAAGAGAGUUAUCCCAGUAUACCCCGUGAGUAUCAACAGCAUCCUUUUAUAAAAAAGCACUCGGAACAAGGCAAUGAAGGGAGUAUUCCAGCUGCAGGAUCUCGUUUAGAAAAACCCGUUUCGUGCGGUGACAGGAACUUCUCUUGGAGUUGCAGACGAUAUAGGGUAGCUGAGGAGGAACCUCGUCUUGACAAGCACCAGCAUGAUGUUGAAACUGAAAAUGGUAUGAGUCGAUCUAUUUCUGCUGAUACAUCAGAAUUUGGUGCAAACCAAAACAGAGGUUCCUUUGUGGAGGAGGAUCUUUCAGAAUCUGUAUCUAUGAGCCAACACAAGGAUGAAAGGCAUGAUGAUGUGAAUGGACAAGAUGGUGAGAAUGUGGAACUUCGUGUUGAGAACUGUAUUAUCACCGAAAGAGAAAGGAUCAAAGAGACUUCCGAAUACAAAAAGGCACUUGAGGAAGAAAUGGUGUCCAGGCAAAGAGCGUUGGCGACUCAGGCACAAGAAGCCAAGAAGUUGAAGCUGCUGCUGAAAAGAAAGAAGGCUGAAAGUAUGCGAUUAUUAGAAAUGGAGAAGAGACAAAAGCAGCGUGUGGAAGAAAUGAGAGAAACUCAAAAAAAGGACAUAGAGAAUAUGAACUUGAAGGAGCGGAUACGAGCCGAAGUUCGAAAGGAACUCAGUAAGCUUGAAAUGACAUGCCAUGAUAUAGCUUCAGUGUUGCGCGGAUUGGGAAUAUCUGUUGGCGAUGGCUCUAGUGAUGAGGUGCGCGUUGCUUACAAAAAAGCCUUGCUGAAAUUUCACCCGGAUAGAGCUUCACGAUCUGAUAUACAACAGCAAGUUGAAGCUGAGGAGAAAUUUAAGCUUAUUUCUCGAAUGAAGGACAAAUACUUACCAACUUUAUGACCGUGACUUAGGAUAUAAAUGUAGUUUAUUCUCAGGAAAAUGAUUAUAUUUUAGGAUGGAAAUUUUGUUUAUAGGCCUUCAAUGCUUGAACUUUUCUCCUCAUGUGGAAAGCUGCACUCAAAUGCAGAAAGGUUUUUAUUUCCAGGUUUAGUUGUCAUUUCUUUAUAUUUUUGUUAAUGUGAUUUUUGUUUUUUCAGGAUUGAGAUGGCUUUCCUACAAAAGCUGUAAAUUUAUUUUUUUCCCCAAAAAUAUUCAUUGGUCACUGAAUAUAAUUUACAACUCUA